CUAAUAUAUAAAUACAUAGCCACCCAUCUUCUAAAGACAAGCAUUCAUUACUUCGCUUGAUAAACACCAUUUCUGCUCAUCAUCCAUACUAUUUAGACUCAGCUCACUACACUCUCCGGUCCCAUCCACUCACCUGAGGGCUGAGAACAUGAUUGCCUUAUCUGAUCAAAGUCUUAGUUGCAUGGACUCCCUAGCAAAACUCAGAUCCAAGGUCAAUAGAAAACGGUGGCGCUUGGCUUUCGCAGCUAUCUUUUCUUCCAGAGCCUUUUACAAACCUAAACCCUCCCUCGAAAUCAACCAGUCUAGCCUCACCAGAUUAGUCAAGGAUAAGGAUCUUGCGUACCUUCAAAAGCUCGGUGGUGUUAGAGCUGUAGUGUCUGCUUUGGAAACAGAUUUAGAGCAUGGGAUAUGUGAAGCUAAAGCUGAUGACAUUUCUCGACGCCAGGAAAUCUUUGGCGUGAAUACUUAUCGAAGGCUUCCUGCAAAGAGCUUCUUUAGUUUUCUGAGGAAAGCAUUGAUACAUUCAAUUGUUUUUGCUGAUAUUGUCGCCAUUGUCCUUUCACUUGUUUUUGACAUGAAGAAAUAUGGAGCAAAACAAGGAUGGUAUGAAGGUGGAAGCAUAAUUGGAGCAAUGUUUCUGGUGAUCAUUGUCUCAACAAUCAGCAACUACAGGCAAAGCAGACAAUUGGAUCAGUUAUCUCAGAUCAGUAAUAAUAUUCAAGUUAAAGUCGUAAGAAAGAGAAAACAUCAGCAGAUAUCAAUCUUUGAUGUUGUUGUUGGAGACAUUAUUUUCUUGAAUACCGGUGAUCAAGUGCCUGCUGAUGGAUUGUUCGUAUCCGGUCAUUCACUUCAAAUUGAUGAGUCAUGCAUGACGGGGGAAAGCCAUCAUGUGGAUAUCAACCAUAAGAAUCCAUUUCUGUUAUCCGGUACUAAAGUAGCAGAUGGAUAUGCUAGAUUUGUGGUUACUUCGGUUGGGAUGAACACAACAUGGGGCGAGAUGAUGAGUUCAAGAAUCCAAGAUCAUGGUUGUGAAACACCUUUGCAAGAAAGGAUUAACAAGCUGACCUCCUUGAUAGGCCGGAUCAGUUUAGUGAUUGCUUUUCUUGUACAUCUCGUCUUACUGCUAUGGUUUUUUACAGGCCAUACCAAGGACGAUGAUGGAAAGACUGAGUUUGAAGGGGGAAAGACUACGGUUGAAGAUGUCUUCAAUGGUGUGCGGGAGGCUUUUGUGGCUGCAAUUAGCAUUGUAUUUGUUACGAUUCCUGAGGGAUUGGCAUUAGCCGUUGCCCUUGUACUUGCUUACUCAAUGAAGAGAAUGAUGGCUGAUCAAGCUAUGGUGAGGAAGCUAUCUGCUUGUGAGACUAUUGGCUCGGCCACAACUAUUUGUACGGACAAAACAGGAACCCUCACAAGGAGGGAGAUGAAGGUGGCGGAGUUUUGGCUUGGCCAAGAAUCAAUAGAAGAAAAGAGAUUUGCUUCUAUUGGUCCUAACGUUCUUGAAUUGAUCCACCAAGCCGCUGGUUUGAACACAGCCGGCAGUGCUUACAGACCUAGUUCAGGAUCUGAGGUGGAGUUCUCAGGUAGUCCUAUUGAGAAGGCAAUUCUUUCUUGGGCUGUGUUAGAGUCAAAAAUGGAUAUGGAGGAUCUGCAAAGGAAUUCUAAACUUCUACAUGUGGAAGCAUUCAAUUCAGAGAAAAAGAGAAGUGGAAUUCUCCUGAAGAAAAAAGGAGACAACACCAUCCAUGUCCAUUGGAAGGGAGCUCCAGAGUUUAUAACAGCGAUGUGUUCUCACUAUUAUGACCCUCUUGGAAACGUGAAUGCUUUAGAUGAUUCUAAAAGGGAGGAAUUUGAUCUACGUGUUCAAGCCAUGUGUGCAAGUAGUCUGCACUGCGUUGCAUUUGCACAUAAACAAGUUUCAGAUCAUGAGAGUGCUGAAGGAAAUGCAAAACUGACAGACAAAAACUUGACACUACUGGGUCUAGUUGGUUUAAAGAACCCAUGCAGACUGGAAGUCUGCAAAGCAGUUCAGGAUUGUCAGACAGCUGGAAUUAGAGUAAAGAUGAUAACUGCAGACAAUGUCUUUACUGCAAAAGCAAUAGCCACUGACUGUGGGAUACUAAAGUUCAAUCAAGACAUGGAUACCAAAGAAAUGUACAGUGGAGUGGUGGUUGAGGGCGUGGAAUUUCGCAACUACACCCCAGAAGAAAGAAUGGAGAAAGUUGAAAAUAUUUGUGUCAUGGCAAGAUCAUCUCCUCUGGACAAACUUUUAAUGGUACACUGCCUCAAACAGAAGGGACACAUAGUUGCAGUUACUGGUGAUGGGGCUGAUGAUGCACCUGCACUACUAGAAGCUGAUAUUGGUCUUGCAAUGGGGAUUGGGGGUACUGAAAUCGCCAAGGAAAGCUCUGACAUUGUUAUAUUGGAUGAUAAUUUUGCAACUGUGGUUAAUGUUUUGAAAUGGGGAAGAUGUGUCUACCAAAACAUCCAGAAAUUUAUUCAGUUCCAGCUGACAGUAAAUCUGGCUGCUCUCGUUAUCAACUUGGUGGCAGCUGUUUCAACUGGGGAAGUGCCAUUAACAGCAGUGAAAUUAGUGUGGAUAAAUCUUAUUAUGGACACGUUAGGGGCUCUUGCUCUUGCAACUGAAGAACCAACCAAGGCCCUUAUGGAGAAGGGGCAUGUGGGUCGCAAAGAGCCACUUAUAUCUAUCAUAAUGUGGAGAAACUUGAUGGCUCAAGUAUUAUAUCAAAUAUUAGUCAUCUUGAUUCUACAAUUUCGAGGCAAAGCUAUUUUUGAUGUCAGCAAGAAGGUUAAAGAUACUUUGAUCUUUAAUACUUUUGUCCUUUGCCAGGUUUUUAAUGAGUUCAAUGCAAGGAAGCUGGAAAAGAAGAACGUGUUUGUGGGGAUGCAUAAGAACAAGUUGUUUCUCAGUAUCAUCGGAGUCUCAAUUAUUCUCCAAUUUGUGAUGAUAGAAUUUUUAGACAAGUUCACAGAUACAAACAGAUUGAGUUGGGGGCUAUGGGGAGCAUGCAUUGGAAUUGCUCUUGGAUCUUGGCCUAUAGGUUUCCUCGUAAAGUUCAUUCCAGUUCCAGACAAGCCACUUUUUCAGAAUUAAUUAGGACUCAUGAUAUCUGUACAUUCUUGUUCCAGACAAGCCAUUUCAUUAAUUAGGAUUAAUGCAAAUCAUGAUGUUAGAUUCUAGUCUGCUAUGUUUAAGUAAUUGCUUUGUACAUUUGUUUCAGCCUUUUACAGUGUACAUGUGUCUGCAGUUGUUAAGUUUAAUAGGGAAACUUAU